AUGGCAAUGGGAAGACGGUGGUGCCAAUGGUACUCUCCGACGGACUCACCAGAAGAAAAGAAGCUCAUCGCGAAGCUCGACCUCUUGAUAGUCCCCUAUGCCUGUAUCCUUUACUGGGUCAAAUACAUCGACCAGUCAAAUAUAAACAAUGCCUACGUCUCUGGUAUGUCGGAGGAGCUCGGCUUCAAUGGCAACGAACUCGUGCAAUUCCAGACAAUAUUCGUAGUUGGAAAUGUGGUCGGUUUACUGCCAUUCAUCUACCUGUUCCCCCGCCUACCAAUGCAUCUUUUGGUUCUGACUCUCGAUCUUGGUUGGGGCAUCUUCACGCUUCUGCAAUACCGAGCCCAGAGCUAUGGCGAAAUCAUGGCAUAUCGUUUCUUGGUGUCUCUUUUCGAGGCUAGUUACUUUCCAGGAGUACAUUUUGUGCUCGGCAGCUGGUAUAGAAGCGACGAGAUUGGCCGUCGUGGGGGCAUCUUCUACGUCGGUCUCACACUCGGAACGCUCACUGCUGGGUUACUGCAAUCUGCUGCCACGACAUACCUUGACGGCCGGCAUGGGCUAUCAGGCUGGAGAUGGCUAUUCGUCAUCAACGCCGUCAUAACAUUGCCUCUCGCCCUCAUCGGCUACUUUGUCUGGCCCGGCACGCCAGCCAAGCCACACCGUUUCGUCAUCACGGACUCCGAGCUCCAGCUGGCACGGUCGCGACUGGAAAGAGCUGGCGCCAGAGUCCAAAGCACACCAUUCUCUCUCCAUCUCCUUAGGCGUAUCUUCACCAGCUGGCGAUUCUAUGCCUUGGUCUUGUGGGAUGUUUUCUUCUUCAACACCGAUGCCAACAGCGCGGCAUUCCUGCUCUGGAUCAAGAGCCUCCACCGGUUCGACACAGCAACGAUGAACCAACUCGGCACGGUCAGUCCAGCAUUAGGCAUCUUCUUCGUCCUCUUCAUCAACUUCAGUGCCGACCUGUGGAUCGGACGCGCCGCCGCCAUAACUCUCGCCUCGGCAGUCAAUUUUACCGGCCUCGUCAUCCUUGCCAUCUGGGACGUGCCGGAAGCAGCCAAAUGGUUCGCGUUCAGCGUAAGCUAUUCUUCCGUCGCCGUUUCUUCCGUGCUGUAUGGCUGGGCAAACAUCAUUAUGAAGGAUAGUAUCGAGGAGCGCGCGCUGGCGCUGAUCUUGAUGACGGCCAUUGCUACUUCGACCAAUGCCUGGAUCCCGCUCUUCGUGUAUCCGACCGUGGAGGCGCCGAGGUUUCCCAAGGGAUACGUGUUCUCCGCGUCCAUGGUCGUUUGCUUGGUGAUCAUGACACAGGUUGUUCGCAUUCUGUUUAGAGAUGGUAAACACUCGGAGAUCGACGAUGGGCAUGGCAUCAGUGAGAUUGAAGAGCAGGUUGUAGUGAAAUCACUAGAGACCAGACGGGUCGAUGAAGGCGUUGUCGCCGUCUAA